AAAUGUUUCGUGUAUGCAUGUUACAGUCCCCGUGGUCGAAGAUGCCCUUACAAGUAUGGUGUAACAUAAAAUAACCCUUGGUGAAUUACGUCGUCUAGCUUGUGUUACACAAUAGCCAGAAAGAAAAAAUGGCGUCACUCAAAUAAUGUAAUUCGUGGAGCCGAAUCCUGUCCGUCAAAAAACGAUUGGAAUUUUUCUACUCUGCCACAAAAUGGUCUGGAUUAUUUCGGUUUGUGUUUUAAUGAUUUCAGUGUGUGGGAGCAGAGGAACAGUGUUUCAUGUCGAGGCGGAGAAUUUUGUGACAGACAAAUUUGCCUUACACAGACUUAACGCGACGGGAGAGGAGUCCAUUAACUUCAAUCAGGGACAGUUUAUACACGUGUAUUUCUGUCUGAGAGCCGAAUCGGAAGUGGCAGUAGACAACAUUUUAUAUUCGAACGAUGGCGGAAGUGAUAUGUUUGAGGUAAGCAUCGACGGCGUUAAACUCGGUGAAAUAGUCACGCCGGAACAUUCACAGAACGGUCUGCUUUGGAACAAUUUCCUAUCCAGUCAACAGGUAGGCCCUAGUCUCACAUUGUCCUCCGGUUAUCAUGUCAUCUCUAUUAAUUUCACCUCCACCGAUUUCUACGGUGUAGAGAUUGACUCCGUUUUUGUGCGCGUGGAGGACCGUUUCUUGGAGGAAGAACUCUUCAAAUGUUCGUUGUUCUGUCUCAAGGACAAUAUGUACGAUAACGGCCCGGCAAGGGAUGACCUGUCGUCGAUACUUCUUGACCGGAAGAACUAUGACAUAAAUUGUCCAAAGGAGGACAACAUAAUUCUGCCCAUGUACCACGCCAACGUUGACCUCUAUAUGAUAUCGGCGCUAUUGCCGAGAUAUAGGUCAUUCGAGAAUCAUCAAGAAUCUCAUUAUGAGAGUUGUGUUCCACCUUCCGAUGAACUUUGGAAUUUCCAGAAUUUCGUGGUCCCUAUCGAGAACAAGGAUGGACAUAUCAUCAACAACCUGGCAUCACUGACGUACCACACGCUGAAUAAUUCGCGGACAUCAGUGUUCUGUGUGGCCUUCGACAAACAGGCGUCCACGGCUGUAGCCAUUGACGAAGGCCAAGUGGACACCGGUCAUGUGUUGUCCGUCCAGUUUAAACGUGUGGCCAGUCCGUUCUACGUCACUAUACGCUACAGAGGUGUGCAAAGCAAUUGGUCUGCAGAGUUCGCUAAAUAUUUCACACCACAAGUACGGCAGGACAUCUGGACAAUAUCCGAACACGAAUGGUCAGACACAGAGGUCAACGAGGUGGAAAUGACCAUUGUGUCAGAUCCUAAUAACCCAUUCCCUAUCGUCAUUGAGUAUCUAAGACUGACCAAGAGGCGACUAGGGGAACGGCAACACAAGUUAAUCUACUCAAGCAAGGAUAUCCAGGCCGAGGUUGUCACUGUGGACUUUGGACCGAACGCACAAGGAGAUUUUCAGGACAAAAUGUCGGUAACGAGGCUCGAUACGGGAGAGAAAUGGGACUCUGCCAGCUAUAUUAGUAUUCUGCAUAUUCUCCCUUGGUCUCAGAAAUACGGAGAGGUAUUACGUUUCUAUCAGUCGGGUAAGAUACGGGUACUUCCACUCACUCCGCCUGGUUUAGACAAGCUACCUUUUGGGUCGUCAUUUAUCGUCGGUCAAUCUGAUCCAAAUGAGCGGUUCCCGCGCGCGCCAAUAAGUCACAUCGAUAUCGACCCUGGUGCGUUACAAUUGUUCAUUACAUACAAAGACGAGGGAAAAGCCAAUAUGAUCAUCAAGCCCUCCCUUCACGGCACGCGCGUCAUUGUCAAGGACGUUGAAAUGGCAAAAGAUUCUAUGUUGUUCCCGUUUGUCACGUUUAGUUCGCUGUGGAUUACGGACGGUAACUCGGAGGUGGACCAUAUCAGUUCCAACGGAAACGAUGUCCAUCACAUCGUCAAUGGCUGGGUGAAGCUAUACGGAACGGCAUUCACCUUUAUGAAAAAGUGUAUAUCUAAACACAACACACAGGGUCCUGACAUGCGCAUAGAGCUGCUCACUAAACGGGAACUAUACCAGUAUGUCUAACACUACUAAAGAUAGGUUAUGCUAUCUGGUAAGACAAAAAUAAUAUCGUUUCUCUUCAAAAAUAAUAACUUGGAUGAUAUUUUCAAAUGAAGUAAUGCUGAAAUCCUUUUUAAAAGCAUUAUCGGUCAAGCAAUAAGCUAGAAAUCCAAUCAAUGAAAUAAUGAAUAUACUAAUUCGACAGAUAUAUUAAGUUUAAUACGCACAUUGCAUAUUGAGUUAUAUUAGUUUAUUGUACACAUACUAUGUAACUGCAUUCGAUAUAACAUGAAAUGUGGACGAUUCUAAUCUAUGACGUAUACACACGUUGAGUUCAUCACUUACUUCGGGUCACUGGUCAUGCGCGUCACACACUAACUAUUCCGGUGCAAGUUUGAUGUAUUAGUAAUUGUCACAGACGGUCACAAAGCUGUUUUAUAUACAAUAACCAUGCUCAUAAAAAACAUUGACGUUACCACAAACCUUCCGUGUGUUAUGUUAUUAAAUAUUGUCUUUGC